AUGUCGAAAACGAGCGUCUCAAACCCAGUCGACGCCGUCAGCGCUGUCGCUCAACCACCCAAGCUCAGUCAGCGAUAUGCCGAUGAGAGUUACAAACUCUUUUCGAAGGUUUCGGUGACAGACCCUACGCCAGAGGAAGCUUUCGCAAUCAGGAAUAAAUGUCUAUGGAAAAUUUUACCAUUUCUCUGCAUAGGAUAUCACAUUAUGUACGUCGACAAGCAGACGCUAGGGAAUUCAGCUAUUUUGGGGAUUAUGGAUGAUGCGCAUCUCAGCUCGAAUCAGUACAACUGGUUGUCAUCGAUUUUCUACUUUGGCUACCUGCUCGCGGAGUGGCCGCAGAACUGGGCCCUUCAACGUUUCCCCGUCGCCAAAUGGCUGGCUGGGAACCUCAUUGUGUGGGGAGGUAUUACGCUCCUUCACAUACCAUGCAAUAGCUUUGCCACCUUGUUUGUCGUUCGUUUCUUCUUAGGUGUAGCAGAGGCAUCAAUCGUCCCUGCUUUUCUGUUGAUCUUAUCUAUGUUCUUCACAUACCAGGAACAGGCGGUCUUAAUGCCCAUCAUGUGGUCGGUGGGAAAUGCCAGCCCUAUCACUUCCGGUCUGCUCUCCUAUGGGGUUCUGUGGAUAAAGACCGGAACGUUUGCCCCGUGGAAAUGGUUCAUGGUAAUUACGGGCGGAAUGACUGUUGUGUUUGGAGCGGCUGUGUGGCUCCUCUUCCCGGACAAUCCACUACGUGCCGGAUUUCUUACGCCAGAAGAGCGCGCACAGGCAAUCCUUAGAAUAAAGCAAAACCACUCCGGCAUCGAGCAGAAGUAUUUUAAGAAGUACCAAUUCAUCGAGGCACUGAAAGACCCAAAGUCAUGGCUGUUCUUCCUACACGCCUGGUCGCAAGAAAUGGCAAAUGGAAUGACAAACCAGUACUCAUUGAUUAUUAACUCGUUUGGCUUCACUGUGCUUCAAACCACCUUACUAGGAUGUGUCUCCGGGAUAGUCAGCUUUUUCUCUCUUGCAUCAGCAGCGUUGGUGUUGGCCAAGACAAAAAACUGUCGGGCUUGGGUUUCUCUAGUUGCCUAUAUCCCGGGAGCAAUAUCAAGCAUCCUAUUACUUAGUCUACCUUGGUCCAAUCGAUGGGGUCUUCUCACAGGAAUAUGGAUCCGCUCAACUGUCGGCAUUCCAUACGCAGUUGUCAUGAUCUGGGCUUCAAAUGCAUCGGCUGGCCAUACUAAAAAGACCACAGUAAUAGCCAUGUAUCACAUCGGAUAUGGGUUGGGCAAUAUCCUAUCCCCCCAAUUAUUUCAGCCACGAUGGAAGCCCCGUUACUAUCCCACUUGGACGAUCAUAUUAGUUGUCGCCUGCAUUCUACCGUCAAUCAUCAUUGCAUAUCUCCGAUGGUAUCUUUCUAAGGAGAACAAGCGUCGAGAUGAACUGCAGCAUGAGGUUCUUGUUGCAGAUACAGGCGUGGUUGAAGAGGUGGACAAUGAUGGUACAAAGCACGCUCGCCUAGUGGAUAAAAACCAGUUAGACUUGACGGAUCGGGAGAACCCUUCGUUCCGCUACGUGCUCUAG